UAAAUACAGCUGAAGUGCUUUGUUAUAGUUAUAAUAGUGAAAGCCAUUGUGAAGUAAUUACGAUAGUUCAAGAUGAAGUCGUUGGAGUUGAUCGUCACCGGCGUCCUGAUACUCCACAUCCUGAACCCUUCUGAUGGCAUACUCCAACCUAGCAGAGAGCUGUUCAACGUACUAUCGAAACUUGAGUAUCUCCAAAAGAGCGAUGAUCCUUGCGGCUCUCCGGAAGUCCUAAUCUCCAUGUUGAAAGGCAAUGAAUCGGUAAAACCUUCUCAACUCGGAAUGAUGCUGGCCUCCAUGGACAGGAUAACCGACAUGACCGAUCCCCCAGAUCUGAAUUCGGUCUUCGGUUUCCACGACCAAAAUAUUAAAAGAAACAUUAUGUCAGAGCAACGAGCAGCUCGGUACUGGGAGUGGAAGUCCCAACUACAAGUCUACCUGUCAACCAUCAACGCUCUCUACGACCGCUUCACCACCCUCCGGAAGGACGAGGGGCCCAUUAAUGUUGACAAUUGGAUGGCCCUGGCUACCGACAUCGAGAACACCAUGCGGUCCAACCUGACCGCGUUCCGCGCGGAACUUCUGAACGGCCGAAAUGUAGCGAUAGGCCGUACCGUGCUGAACGACUUCAUCCAGUCACGCGAUAACUCGCUGGACUUUAGCUGCGAGGCAAUCUUCGCCCUGAAUGGGUUUUUCAAUCAGUUGUUGAACCUGGUGUUUACCACACAAAUGAAGGCGAUGGUUCCCCAGAUUUUUGCGACAUUACUGCGAGACUGUAGUGGCACUGUCUGGAGAGAUAACCUGAAUAGGCUGGCCAUCGAAUACAAAGACGGAUACCUAGAAAUUGUGAGAGGUCUGGAAAAGAAGCUAGACUAUAUCAGGAACGAUAUGCUCCCAUGUGAUCCAUUCAGUUUCGAACCUAUUAAAGAUCCGACUAAGUAUGAGCUAGAGGACUCAGAGCACAUCUCACUUAUACAAUUUUGGGAUCCUGAAGGUCACAAGAGCUGUUCAGACGUUCGGAAGAACGAAGAGAUGAGGUUUAUGUCCAUGAGUGACGAGUGUAGGGGCAAUUUAUAUGAUUGCGAUUAUGUUAAGCUGCGAGAAAGGUAUCGACUGGAAAAACUUUUGAAGUGGCAGAAGUGGAUUACAGCAUCACAUGUUAAAUAUGGAGAUACUUCUAAGGACUGUCUUAGUUUUAUGUCUAAUCACUAUAUUAGGGAGAGGGAUCCUACCAUAAGUCAUUGUCUUUGCAAGUGUAACGAGAAUCUUAAUCACAUAAGUGUUACACCAGUUAUGACGGAUCGAUCAGCUGAUAUGGUUGUAACUGGUUUUCGAUUUGUUCUUGAAAACCGAGUUCUUUACGUACAAGCGAAACAAGGAAAGUUGCUUCCUGGUGAGAGGAUUGAUCCUGCAUCGGUAGAGUGGAUUCCCCUGCCAAAGAAUCCAAAGGUGGUACCGUUAAAUUCCCAAAACGGCAAGUUUCAUAUCGGUGACGUAAUGGCCGACAUGAACGAGGUGCCAGUUGGAAUUUCAUUCGUCCAAAGCAACAAUAGCUUCUACCUUCAGAUGUAUACGACUUCGUAUGUGUUCAAUCGAGGCAUCUCUGGGACGUCCAUUCGCGAGGUUCCUCCUCCCCAUCGAGAUGACCCCGAGAAAUAUGUCGAAUUUCAAUUGUCUAAUCGAGCGCAUAAGAAAGGACAACCAGUGCUCCCAUUGAUAGAUGCAAGAAUUGCUGAGGCUAAGUCACCAGCACUAGUACGGGGUUUAGGAAUUGCAUACGACCACCAAAACGGGGGGAAGUUUUCCCCGAAAAUUAUUGGCUUGGAUUACGCAGAUAUAUUUCAAAAAAUUGAAAAUCGAACAUUAUGCAUUUAAGAUGUACCCAAAUAUUCUACAAUUGCGAUAGUGAUUGAUUAAAUAAAUAAAUAUUUUCUUCAAGCAAA